AUGUCCUCACGCGAUCCCCAUGGAGGCGGACAACCGCCCUCCAAACCAAUAUCCCUCUCCCUUUCCGGCUCCAAAGGUCCUUCAAAAAAGACCGGUUUCAACCUCCAAUCCUCGAAUCGCGGCCGUGCCAGCGACUCACCAGCCGCCAAAGGCCGCUCUCUUCCCCAGAGACCUCACCAACUUUCACACGGCGAUGACUCCGACGAAGAAGAGGCCGCUCCAAUCCAUGAAGAAGUCUCAGGGUUCGACACGCAUACCGGUGGCGCAAUCACCGCCGACGGACAAGCAGUCAAGGAUAAAAACCAGCCACUGGUAAUCCCAGUAACUAGCAAGAACAACUGGCGCGACCGUGCAGGUACCAAUGGGAAGAAAAGCAAGAACUUGCUGCCACGUGAAGUGCAGGCUAUGCAAGAGGCAGAGAAGAAUGGACAAGCACCCGGCGGAGAUCCCACGGUUGAGACGGAUGCGCCGAGUGUGGCAUACGGACUGAGUUUUGCCAAAGAGUCUGAAGCCCAGGAAGACAAGCGCGUGGUGGACGAAGAUCAAGCUAUGCCCGAUGCGAAGCCUGUUGCGACGAAGCCUCUUACCGACGACGAGAUUGCCAUGCAGGCACUGAUUCGCGAGACCAAGGGCGAUGUUGAGCGCAGAACAGACCUUGUCAUCGAAUCAAACAAUAAGAAAGAAGAAGAGGCUCCGAUUCACUACAGCGAGACCAACUCUUUCCAGACAGAUGUAGCUUCGCGGCCGGAGUCUGCUACCUUGGAUGCUUACAACGCCAUUCCCGUGGAGGAGUUCGGUGCAGCACUGCUACGAGGAAUGGGCUGGAAGGACGGCCAGUCUAUUGGAAAGGGCAAUUAUGGCGGCGCCGCUGCCGCUGAGAAGGCGAAGAAUGCUCGUGUUCCAGAACGACGACCUGGAUUCCUUGGUAUUGGCGCAAAGGAUGCAUCAGGCGGUAAAGGUGCUGAAACAGAACUCGGCGCUUGGGGUAAAGCAGCUAUGCGCAAAGCGUCUAGGAAGGCAGGCGAGGAAAAUGGGAAGGUGGAGGGUGUUUAUAUGCCCGUUACGAUGCGCAACAAGAAGACGGGCGAGUACAUGACCGAGGAAGAACUCGAGAGCCUCAAGAAAGAGGCGAAAGCCGCUCCCAAGGAGGAAGAUUGGCGCGACAGACGAGAUCGCAACCUCGAAAAGAGCGGACGAGACAAGGACCGGGAAUACCGCAAGCGCGAUUAUGAUGAUGAUGAUCGCUCCCGCAAGAGGAAUGGGUCUUCACGCCGUGACCGCAGUCUAUCCAGUGGCCGUGAAUCCUCUAGACGAUCCCGGCACGAUGACGAUGAUCGAAGCAGACGGAACGAUCGCUCCUAUCGCGAUCGGGAUUAUGAUCGGGAUCGCCGCCGGGACCGCCAUGAUGAUAAAGACCGACGAAGAGACCGCGAUCGAGAUCAUGAUAGUGAUCGCAGUGACCGGUACAAAGACGACAAGUACAGCAGUUCACGUUCUUCACACUCAUCUCGACAUGACCGAGACCGGGAACGCGAUCGUGACUCUCGACGCAGCCGUCGUGACGACUGA